AUGAUCGACAAUUCUUAUCUUAAGUACUCGGUCGGAACUCGGAAGUCAUCCAAUCAUUUAGCGCACUUCAAUUCAGAUAUAAGGAUGCAAAUUAUUACCACUGCGCAAGUGUUUUAUGGUGUGUUUUUACUGCUGGUAGUUUCUUUGGAGGUAACUGAAUCACGGUUCCUGGUUAAGACUCUGCCAGGUUUGCUUGGUGAUCUUCCUUUUACACUCGAAACAGGUUACAUUGGUGUUGGAGAAUCCGAUGAGGUGCAACUAUUUUACUACCUUGUUGAGUCGGAAGGGAACCCAAAAGACGACCCUCUCAUGCUUUGGCUCACAGGAGGGCCUGGUUGUUCUGCUCUUUCUGGCCUAUUGUAUGAAAUAGGUCCAUUCACUAUCAACUAUGCGAAUUCCACUUUGGAGAAGACAAUGCUCCAGAUAAACCCUCACAGUUGGACAAAGGCAGCCAGCAUAAUAUUUCUUGAUCAACCUGCUGGAACUGGAUUCUCAUAUGCAAAAACCCUGGAAGCUUAUAUAACAAAUGAUACAUCAUCAACAAUGCAUACUUACCAAUUUCUAAGGAAGUGGCUUGUGGAUCAUCCUAAAUUUCUCAAAAAUCCAUUGUAUAUUGGUGCUGAUUCCUACACUGGCCUAGUGACACCAAUGAUUGUUCAGAAAUAUAUAACGGUAAUGAAGUUGGAGAAUGGCCACAAAUCAACAUCAAAGGGUACGUGCUUGGUAAUCCUCUAA